AUGCAACUGCAAACGUUCUUUGCGUCUGUCGGGGUCGCAGUCUCUGGACUCGCCCUAACACGACUGCUACAAGAAGCAUUCAUAUUCGUCCGGCCGUCAUCCCUACCACGCUACCUGUCGCGCGACGAGAACUCAGAAUCGUGGGCAUUCGUGAGCGGCGCGAGCGAUGGCAUCGGCCUUGGGUUUGCGCAUGAGCUCUGCAAACGCGGAUUCAAUGUCUUUCUCCAUGGGCGCAAUCGCGAGAAACUAAGUCGCGUACAAGACGAGCUCCAAACGCUCUACCCGACACGAAAGACCGAAAUCGUCGUGUACGAUGCUUCGCAGAUCACUGAGGAUAUCGACGACGCGAUCCUAGGUGCCGUCGCUGAGGCGCGAUUGACGGUGCUUGUGAACAAUGUCGGUGGCAUGGCCAUGAUCAAACCGUCGCCGUAUGUCAAGCUGCACGAUUUCUCGUUUAGCGAUAUGCAGACUGUGCUCGACGUCAAUGCCAAUUUCACGGCUCAUCUGACGCGCAUCCUGCUUCCACGGCUCAUGAGAUCGCAGCCAGCCCUGGUUAUGAAUAUCUCGUCCAUCGCUAAGCUCGGUUUUCCGUGGUUGGUGCCAUAUUCCGCCACCAAGGCCUUUGUACUCGCGUUAGGUGAUGCGCUCAGUGCGGAGAUGCGCGCUGACCAGCACGACGUCGACGUGCUCGGAGUCAUUGUGGGCAGCGUGUCGACGGCCGGGCUUCAGGUCAAUGAGAGUUUCUUUGUGCCCAGUGCCCAGGCCAUGGCCAGCGCUUCUCUGGAUCGCGUUGGCUGUGGCAGGCUUUCUGUCUGGGGGUACUGGUCGCAUCGUCUCCGGGGCCUGGUGCUUGAUGUCAUGUCGCAGAAGACCAUCCAGAGGGGGGCGGCAAAGGAACUUCGCAAGCUGCGGCAGGAUGUUCUCGACCAGGCACAAAAGAAAAAAUAUCUCCAAAAAAGAUCUUUGCUCACCGCCUCCCGCAAACGUCACCGGGCGGGCCUUCCCCCGCGUGUGACAGCGAGUCAUCUCCGCACAUUUCCCCCAACUCCAGGAAACCUUUUCCUCUUCUUCCUGCAUUGCAUAACGAGCGAUACCAGAUGCACAAUGACCAGCAUUAAUUUCAGAGAUCCUUACUCCAAGGAAGAGCUCAAGAAGCUCUAUCCCGCCCAUUUAAAGCUUCAACUGGUCCAGGUGUUUCUCCGACAUGGCGAACGAACCCCCGUUUCGGCUCGUUUCCAGAACGCCGGCCUGCCGACAUACUGGCCGUAUUGCUCCGUGGCUCGGCGCAUGACCUCCAUGGUCGCUACCAGUAACGACCUCUCUUCAUGGGAUGCGCUGCAAUGGCGGCGACAGAUCGAGACAUUCGGCCAUGACGACGAGGCAGUUUCCACGCGUGGCCCGGGUGGAGAGACCGAGGCGAUUUGGCAAGUCUUCGUCCAAGCCGGCGAGCUUACCGACAAGGGGCGUCAAACUACUUUUCAACUAGGCCAGCGUCUCCGGACUCUGUAUGUUGAUCAACUAGGCUUCAUGCCAAAGAUAAAAUCGGAUGCCGAGGAUAUAUACCUCCGCUCAACCCACAUGCCGCGUGCCAUAGAGUCGCUGCAACAAGCCUUCAUGGGGAUGUACCCUGCCGGUUCCCGGACGGCAAAUUUUGCAGCUCCAGCAAUUGUUACCAGGUCCGUGGCCGACGAAACCGCGUUCCCGAAUGACGCCAGCUGCCGACGGUUCAGGCAGCUUUCUCGGCUGUUUGCCGAUAGGGCUGCGCAAAGAUGGAACAAUUCGGAUGAUAUGGAGUACUUGAACAAGCUGUGGUCAAAGUGGAUGCCAGUAGACACGCCCAGAGUUGCCGUGGAUUCUCAUCCGCGUUUGUCUGGUAUCAUGGAUUCCAUCAAUGCCAGUCGGGCACAUGGCCCGGCUACGAGGCUUCCACCGCAGUUUUAUGACCAGAAAGCUCAGGACAUAAUCCAAAAGAUUUCUGUGGAGGAAUGGUUCGCCGGCUACAAUGAGAACGUGGAAUACCGCAAACUCGGAAUUGGCAGCCUCAUGGGAGAUAUUGUGGACCGCAUGGCAAACGUCGCUGUCGGAGGGAGCUGGUAUAGUGAAGUGGCUUCUUCACGUUCCACGGGUUCCCAAGUGCCCAUUAAAUUCGCUUUGACUGGCUGUCACGAUACUACCCUUGCCGCAAUUCUAUUUAGUUUGGGUGCAUUCAACAGCGCGGAAUGGCCGCCCUUUACAUCAUCCAUCGCCAUUGAAUUGUUCGCUCCAAAUGAAGAACACCAAGCUGGCGGUGCUUCUGGCACCAUUCUCGAGGAGUUCGCGCAACCAUCAGAUGGAAACAAGUCUUCUUCUCCAGGUAUUCUCUCCUUCCUCAAGAAAAGACCUGAUUCUUCCAAACAGUCAGCUUCGUCAUUUUCGACUCUCUCGGAUAUUGCGCGUGUCCCUCUUUCCGAGAUGGACGAUACACAGAGAAAGGCACUGCGCCAGUACUAUGUCCGACUGCGGUACAAUGAUCGAGUCAUGAGAGUUCCUGGCUGCGUUUCCAAGAGUAGUAAUCAUCUCCCUGGGGAUGACUCGUUCUGUACGCUGGAAGCUUUCAAAGAGAUUGUCGACAAGUACACACCUAAGCAGUGGAAGUCGGAGUGUCUGGACAAUGUCAAUGAAGGCAUGUUCGGAAAGGACAAUGCAGACAAGUCCACUUCUGGGUACUAA